AUGGGCCAGACGAUAUACGUUGGCCUCGCCAGGCCUGGCAAGGCCCAAGCGGAUCCCUGCAGUGGCACGUCCGAGACUGAUACACCAGCCGAUGUCCACCGUGCCCAGAUUGCUACCAUCGGCUCCUGGCGUGCCAAGUGGACUGCCUCAGCGGAGAGGCGGCGGCAGAGAUGGUUGGAGCGGCAGAAGCAGAACGAAAUUGAAAAGAGACAGAAGAUGCAAUAUGUGAUCCGACGCAAGGCGUGUUUGACUCGGCUCUACCAGGCGCGCGCCGACCUGGGGAUGGACAACAUGCGGGAAACCGGCGAGCCCUUUAUGCGGUACCUUGCCCGCACCUACAUGUCCGAUCUGCGCCUACUAGCCGUCCGCCACCACCUCCGUCAACAGGUGAUGACGCCAGCCGACUAUGCGGAAAUGAUGAUCUGGUACCGGCGUGCCCAAAAGGAGUGUGGCAAGUCGGCGGCCGCCCAGGUGAAGAAGCAGAAGAAAUAG